AUGCCUAAUAGAGGGCCCACUUUGAUCAAUUUACCUCCUCCUCCGUCUGAUCCCGCCACACCCAGCGAGUUGGGCCCUGGAACUCCGAACUCUACUACCACCUCUCUCUCUGCACUCUCCGUCGUAGCGAUCAAAGAUGGUGCGAUGGGCCAUGGUGGCAGAGGUGCUACUUCAUCAGCGAAUACUCUUGAAGCCGAACGUGCCGAUCGCAUUUCUCGUCUUGCUGGGCUGGAAAGAGUCGCUGCGUCGCGACCCACUCCACUCGGCCAUCUGGCGCCGGGAUCAGGCGGCUUCUAUGGCCAGGGCCUAGACAACGUUCCGCAGUUCAAAGAGCGCAGUACCGUUGGAAGUGCAAGUGCAACAGGCAGCGUUGGUGGUAGAACAACAUGGGCUAGUGGCAGCAUCGACUACGACGCAGAUAAGAUGAGCGAAGACCAAGAUGAUGGAGUCUCCAGUACCGGUGGCUUCUCUGACGAGGACAAGGCUAGCUUGGUGGGCUUCGGCGAAGGUGCUGGGAGCACUGUAAGUGGGCCAGUCUCUACGCCUUACGCCACGCGGGCUUCUGUCUCUCGGACGAGUACCGGCGCCAACGCGCCGUCGACUCCGCGGACGGGGACCAUGCCGACUUUUGGAUCAGGUCAGAGUACACCCAUGAGUGGCAUUACCCCCGGCGGUGCUGCUGGAAGCAUGGACCCCAAGAUGAUGGAUGGGAUGAGCUACGAUCAAGACAUAGUGGACACGACCAUGCAGCCCGCACCACCUGUUGAUCAUUUUGCAGAAAGCCACGCUCACCGGUUCUCAGGAUUUGGUACAGAGGUUGCUGAAGGUAUCAUGCGGGACAGGCUGAACCCUGGUGGACAGCCUCAAUCUUCGCUCGACAGUGCUGAUGGUCAGACCUUGGGCAGGUUUCCUUUCGAGAGAGAGUAG